AACAGCCACAAAUCCAGACUAAAGGAGAAAUUUCAGACAAUUCAUGAAGGAAUGUCAAAUAAAGGCAGCUCCGCAUCUCUGAAUGAUAUCUACACAGAGCUGUACAUCACAGAGGGAGGUAGUGGAGAGGUCAAUAAUGAACAUGAGGUGAGACAGAUUGAGACACAAUACAAGAGAUCAGAGUCACAGGAAACACCAAUCAAAUGCAAUGACAUAUUUAGGCCUUUACCUAGACAAAACAAAUCCAUCAGAACUGUGCUGACUAAAGGAGUAGCCGGAAUUGGAAAAACAGUUUCAGUGCAGAAGUUUGUUCUGGACUGGGCUGAAGGAACAAAUCAGGAUCUCCACUUCAUUUUUUCCAUUUCCUUUAGGGAGCUAAAUUAUAAGGAGAGCAAUCUCAGUUUGAUUAACCUGAUUCAUCAUUUUUUCACUCAUACAAAUAAAUUGAGAUCAACAAACAUUGAUGACUUCACAGUCCUAUUUAUCUUUGAUGGCCUGGAUGAGUGUCGACUUCCUUUGGAUUUCCAGAACAAUGAUAUUUUGUGUGAUGUGACAGAAUCAGCCUCAUUGGAUGUGCUGCUGACUCCUGGAUCACCUCAUCAGCAGCCACUCAGGGAAUCUGCGAGGGUUCCUUCUGCUCUCCUCUGGAUAAUCACCUCAGCUAGAAGUAAUAUCCUGUCACUGGCAAAACUGGCUUUUCAACAGCUGGAAAAAGGGAACCUGAUCUUCUACGAGCAGGACCUGAGAGAGUGUGGCAUUGAUGUCAGAGAUGCAUCAUUGUAUUCAGGAGUUUGUACCCAAAUCUUCAGAGAGGAGUUUGGGCUAUACCUAGGGAAGGUGUACAGCUUUGUACAUCUGAGCAUCCAGGAGUUUCUUGCUGCUUUAUAUGUGUUUCUUUGCUCUUUUAAACAAACAGGAUUUGUUAGAAUGUUCAGAUCAUCUUUGACCAAUUUACUUAAGAGUGAAGUUGACAAGGCUUUACAGAGUGAAAAUGGUCACCUUGAUCUCUUCCUUAGAUUCCUUUUGGGUCUCUCAUUGGAGUCUAAUCACACUCUCCUUACAAGGUCUAGUGAAAAGACAAGAAUCAGAUCUCACAGUGAACAGGAAAUAGUUGAGUACAUUAAGAUGAAGAUCAGGGAGAAUUCCUCUUCAGAGAAAUCCAUCAAUCUGUUCCACUGUCUGAAUGAACUGAAUGAUGAUUCUCUAGUGCAGGAAGUCCAAAUAUACCUGAGCACAACUGGUGACAGUCAACUCUCUGGGGUUAAACUGUCUCCUUCUCAGUGGUCAGCUCUGGUGUUUGUGCUGCUGACCUCAGAAGAGAAGCUGGAUGAUUUUAAACUGAGUAAAUAUCAUAAAUCAGAGGAAUGUCUUCUGAGUCUGCUGCCAGUAAUAAAAGCAUCUACAAAAGCUGAUCUGAGACGCUGUAAUCUCAUGGAGAAAAGCUGUUCAGCUCUGGCCUCAGAUCUCAGCUCAAAUAGCUCCAAUUUGAAUGAGCUGACCCUGAGUUACAACAAUUUGCUGGAUUCAGGAGUGAAGCUGCUCUCAGUUGGACUAAUGAAUCAUCAGUGUAAACUGAAGACUUUACAGUUGGAAUACUGCAGUAUUGGAGAAAAAGGUUGUUCUGCUCUGGCUUCAGCUCUGAGAUCAAACCCGUCACACCUGAAAGAACUGAAUCUGAACUAUAAUAAACUAGGAAACUCAGGAGUGAGACUACUUUCUGAUCUACUGCAGAAUCCACACUGUAAACUGAAGCAAAUGCUGCUGUGUAACUGUAGUUUUGGAGAGGAAGGUUGUUCUGUUCUGGCUUUAGCUCUGAGAUCAAACCCCUCACACCUGAGAGAACUGGAUUUGAAUGAUAACUAUCCAGGGAAAUCAGGAAUGAAGCUUCUUUCUGAUCUACUGCAGUAUCCACUCUGUCAACUAAAGAAACUAGGGAUGUGUAACUGUAGUAUUGGAGAGGAAGGUUGUGCUGCUCUGACUUCAGCUCUGAAAUCAAAUCCCUCACACCUGAGAGAACUGGAUCUAAGCUAUAAUAAACUAGGAGACUCAGGAGUGAAGCUGCUCUCUGAUCUACUGCAGGAUCCUCAAUGUAAACUGGAGACAUUACAGCUGUAUAACUGCAGUAUUGGAGAGGAAGGUUGUUCUUCUCUGGCUUCAGCUCUGAGAUCAAACCCGUCACACGUGAAAGAACUGGAUCUUGGCUGUAAUAAACUAAGAGAUUCAGGAGUGAAGCUGCUAGCUGAUCUAGUGGAGGAUUCACAGUGUAAACUGAAAAAACUACUGUUGGAAAAUAUCAAUAUUGAAGAACAAGGUUGUGCAGCUCUGUCUUCAGCUCUGAAAUUAAACCCAUCACACCUGAGAGAACUGGAUCUUGGCAAUAAUUAUCUAGGAGUCUUAGGAGUGAAGGUUCUCUCUCAUCUACUGGGGGAUCCAAAAUGUAAACUUGAGAUAUUGCAGUUGUAUAACUGCCGUAUUGAAGAGAAAGGUUGUGCCCAUCUGACUUCAGCUCUGAGAUCAAACCCCUCACACCUGAGAGUACUGAAUCUGAGCUGUAAUAAACCAAGUGUUUCAGAAAUGAAGCUUUUAAGUAACUUAGUACAGGAUCCACGCUAUAAACUGGAGAAACUAGAUUUGUUUGUACUGUAUUGAGGCUCACCUCUAACAACCACCUACAAAUGACAAACCAAAUAACAAGAGCUGCUAUUGGACAAACACCAGCACUGACCAGCGUAAAUAAACACAUCUGAAUGUAUAGAAAAUGGCCAAAAACUGGAUAUAAAACCAGAUUUUUUUUAUAGCACAAAUAAACAAACCUGAAUGUAUACAUAAAAUAUAUAAAAUCACCAAAUAGCGGACAGGAAAAUCAAAAUUCAGCAUUUUAACAUAUGACGUCACAUGCACAUUUGAGCUGCCAUUUACCAUAUUUGAUGUGCUCCUUUGUAUGUGCAUUCAUCAAUGUUUAUAUGUAAAUUGAAGGCUAAAUUAAAUCUGUUCAUAGAAAGCAGUAAUGUUUUUGAACUUGGAUUAAAACACUUGAUUCAUAUGGAUUUGAAAGUUGGUGGAACGAGG